UUUUUGCCCCUCCUCAACUUUUCUUUAAGCGAGACUUGAGAAAUCGUCCUUCUUUUUAAAGUUUGCUUUAUUCCCAUGGUGUAGACAAUUUCCCACAUAAAGCAAAUCAUUGACGCUCAUGUGUUAUUCUUUUUUUUUGUUUUUUCUUAUUCAGUCUUCGCAGAAGAGGAGACUGCGAUACCCGGGAUGUGCGAUCGUCCGCCAGUGGCCCUCUGCCGAAAGACUGGAAGCGAUCGCGAGGUGAUGGUGGUGUACGACCCAACCGACGACACGUGCAACUACUAUCGGCCCGGUCGUAGCUGCCUCGCCGGUGACAACCGCUUCCGUGACAUGGCGUCCUGCGAGGCCGCCUGCAGUGGUCCACAACGCAUGCCCGCUUGCUCGGCACCCGUGCACAUGCAUAACUGCGUUCCGGGCAUCGACACCAACACCUCGACGUACUACCACUUUGGAGAUUGGUGCCUCCACGUGGACAGGGGUUCGUGCCUCGUCGGCCAGGGCUUCAACUCCGAGGAAGAGUGUAAAGAGGCGUGCAAAGGUGAACACUUCGCAGAUCACAAUAUUUUCUGCUCCGUCAUGUGAACUUUCUCGGCAAGCUGGAGGAUGCUCU